AGUAGAGCUUGCAUCUCAGCAAGUGAGGACCCGUGGGCCAGGCGCUGGUGACUGGAGUGAACAGACAGAAGGACGGUAGGCCCAGUGAGGGAUUUCUCAGGAACCUAGGAUGUACUCUCUUCUCCUGGUCCUCUUUCUGAGCCAUGGAGGUGCAUGUCAGGGAGAGCCAAGCUCCAGGCAUGAUUUACACCCAUUGUUGCAGAAAAUGGCGGAAGAAAUAAUAGAGGGAAGCUAUCUGAAUGCGUUACUGGAUCUUACACUGUUUGAAAGCUCCCAUGUCUGGACUGCAGACCUGUCCCACAGAGUCCUUGCCUAUGUGAACUCACGGAAUGUGGCCUUCACUAUUCCCAGCCUACAGGCAGUCAUGGAAACCCACCUGGAACAGUAUCUGUACCAGCCACAGAAGCUGCUGGAGGACCUGAGGGCCACUGAUGCCCAGCAGUUCCACACAGCCAUGAAAUGCCUUCUGGAAGACAAGAGGGGCCACCUGGACCUGGAGGACAUCGUCAUCAACUUGGGAGACAUUCGGGACGAGGCCCUUCAGAGCCCUGGUGUGAACCGCAGCCUGUUUCUCAUCACGCUGGAACGCUGUUUCCAGGUGCUGAAUGCCUUGGAGUGUGUGGAGGUCCUGGGCAGGAUGCUCAGAGGGUCCUCCGGCAGCUUCCUGCAGCCAGACAUCACAGACAGGCUACCCCAGGACCUGCAUGAGGAUGCCUUUAAGAACCUAUCUGCGGUGUUCAAAGACCUCUAUGACCAGACUUCAGCUCACACCCAGAGAGCUGUCUACUCAUGGAUGACGGGGAUCCUGAGGACACCCUUCAACGUCACUGAUGGCUCCGUUUCAUGGGUCAGUGCAGAAAAGUUAUGGGUUUUGGGCAGAUACAUGGCUCACCUACCAUUGGAAGAAAUUAUGAACAUUAGUCCUACAGAAAUUGGGCUGUUUAUCAGCUAUGACAACGCCACCAAGCAGCUGGACACGGUGUAUGAUGUCACCCCUGACCUGGCCCAGGCAUUUCUGGAGAGGAUCCGAUGCUCCAGCUUUGACAUGAAGAACAUCUCUACUAUCCACAGGUUGGGGCUGUUGGUUUGUUUCUAUGACAGUCUGGAGCUGCUGGAUGCCACCCUAGCCCAAGUUCUUCUCCACCAGAUGCUCAAGUGCAGCCGCCUCCAGGGCUUCCAGGCUGACAUCCAGAAGCUCAAGGCCAAUCUCCUGAACAUUGCUACAGAGAACCAGACCCUCAACGAGACCCUCGGCUCUCUGUCAGAUGCGGUUGUAGGUCUGACCAGCACUCAGCUAGUGUCCCUCUCCUCCAAGGCAGUGCACGGUGCCAUCUCUACCCUCAACCAGGUUACAGGCUGGGGCAGAAGCCAGAUUGUCAUCUUGUCUGCCAAAUACUUGGCUCAGGAAAAGGUGCCGUCCUUCCACAACAUCAGCCAGAUGGGCGUGCUGCUGGCAGGGGUGGGCACACAAGCCUUCUACAGCAUGGACCCCAAGGAUCUCUGGCAGGUGCUGAGAAGCCCAGUUUCUCAGGAUAUGUCUGAUUUGUCACCUGUCCAGCAGCAAGGUGUCCUUGGCAAGCUGAUGGAGGCAGAAGAUGCUGCUUCGGGCAUCGUGGAGGUACCAAGAGCUCUCUUUAAGGAGGUGUCUCUCUGUGAUUUACGGAAAGAAUCUCGAUUCAAUGCUACAGUCCUGAAGGAGAAGGAGCUUCGCAGGAGCCAGGCCCUGUUCCUCUAUGAGCUUCUGGAAAAGAUCACUGAAAGGCCCGAGGAGCUCCUGAGCACCGGACAGCUGGUGAAGGGUGUACAAUGCUCACACAUUGAUGCCAUGAGUGCCCACGUCUUCCUGGCCCUCUUCCGGUAUUUUGAGAACAACUUCUCCCUGCUUUCUCCAGACCAGGUCAAUUGCUUGGCGUGGAAAUACUGGGAAGUUUCAAGGUCCUCCAUGCCACCAUUUCUCUUGGCCACCCUCCCGUCUCGAUUCCUGGCUUCAGUUCCUCCCUCUCGCUGUGUGCGUUUUCUGAUCAGCCUGGGUAAGAGGCACUUGGACACCUUGGUUUUAGAUUCUGACAAAAGGAGUUUGGUCAUCAGGAAGGUGCAGCAGUGUUUGGGUGGUGUCAUUGCUGAUGAAUACACGGUGGACAUUGUGGGGAACCUCCUGUGCCACUUGCCAGCUACCUUCAUUGAGAGAGGGAUCUCACCCAGAGCUUGGGCCACUGCUCUGCAUGGUCUCAGAAGCUGUACAGCUCUCAGCUCUGAGCAGAAGGCUGCAGUGAGGGUCAGGCUCCUGGAGCAGUGGGGACCUCCUCAGAACUGGACAGCAGAGACAGCCAAGGACUUGGCACCUUUCUUAGCAUUUUUCUCAGGAGAUGAACUGCACAUUGUUGCCACAAAGUUUCCUGAAAUCCUUCAACAAACAGCUUCCAAGAUGGUUGGUAUGCUGCUUCCUAAAGAAUUUCUCUGGGCUGUCUUUGAGUCUGUUCGGAAUCGCAGUAAUGAGAGCCCCAGCUUUGACCCCACCUUCGGUUGUCAUGGAAUUGUGACUCCUUCUUCAGAUGAUAUCUUCAAGUUGGCUGAAGCCAAUGCCUGCUGGGACCCUGAGGUCCUUCUCUGCAUGGAGGAGGACACUUUCAUCAGGAAUGUUGAACUGCUGGGGGCUGUGAAGGGUUUCAGCCGGCCUCAGCUGAUGGCCCUGAAAGAGAAAGCAAUCCAGGUUUGGGGCUCACCCUUCCACUGGAAAGAACACCAUAUUGUCUCCCUGGGACGUAUUGCUUUGGCUCUUAGCGAGAGUGAGCUGGAGCAGUUGGACCUCAGCUCCAUAGACUCUGUGGCAUCCCUGGGCCUGCAGACAGAAUGGACCCCAGGACAGGCUAAAUCCAUUCUGCAGACAUUCCUUGAAGAUUCAGGCUACGGUAUUCAGGAUUUGAAGAACUUCCAUUUGGUUGGGUUUGGUCCUACUCUAUGUGCUAUGGACCCCACUGAAAUAUCACUUAUAAAGACCUCAGAAUUCAGGGCAGUGGUAGCCAGAAUUGGGACACUGCUCUGCAGCACCCCUGUCUUGACUGAAUUUAAGAAGAAAGCAGAAGUUGUAUUUGGGAGACCCACGGAGUGGACCAGCUCCAUCUUGCAGGAGCUUGGGACCAUCGCAGCUGGGGUAACGAAGGCAGAGCUCCGAGUGCUUGACAAAGAACUGAUGCCGUACUUCCAGCCGUCAGCCAUAAGAUGCCUGCCUGGUGAGGUGUUCAGAGAGCUGUCCACGGAGCAGAUAGCUUCCCUGGGUCCUCAGAAUGCAGCCUUUGUAACCCACUCCCAGCGCCUGCAGCUCAGCUCGGCACAGCUGCAGAGCCUCCAGAGGGCACUAGAUGGCGCCAAGACUCACUCCUGGCAGACGGAUCCUAUGAGUUCCGGCCCUACCUGGUCAGUCUCCACUGGGUCCCCAACAGGAGGGGCCACCUCCCAGGCUCUUUGGCUUGGCUGUCCCCUGCUGCUUCUGAUGGCCAAGUCCUGACGCCGAGUGUCCUGUUUAGUGUUGCAAGAAGCUGGAGAAGUCUGGCUUGAUGUCCCUCCCCUGGAGCACCAGGCAGCGUUGGAUUUCUCCUUCGACACUUAGCUGGGCUGAAAUAAAUGAAUCUCUCAACAGAAGCCAAUAUUCCUGCCUGAUUGCUGCAACUAAUUGAUGUUUUGUGACAAGAAGUUGGAGCAACAGAAAGGGUGGUGCAGCACUGGCAUUCACCACCUACUGGAAGCCAUAUCAUCUACAAGGUGAC